UAACAUUCUGUCCUGCUGGAAAUCACACUACAUUAGCAGCUACCUUCGUGCGGUCAACCGAUGAAAGACCCGGCGGUUGAUAGUCAUGAGCGAUAAUUCAUCGUUCGCGGUGGACUUUGUCCGGAACAUCGGGGUCCGUAUCGACGACAGCCAACCUCUUUCAACCCGUGUGCAAUCUCCAAAAGUCCCAGAAAAGGCUGACCAAAAGGGCGACGAAGCUCUCAAGAUCGAGCUGGCCGAUGACCUGGACCUUGCCCAUCUAACCAAGCUUCCCAGCCGAAGCUCCUUACUCAAAAUUCUUGACAGCUUGGCAACGCAGACAAGGCUCAUCAGUGCUGGGAGUGCCGAGGCGCUCAAGUCUCAUAUUGUUGGCUCAGUACGGGCAGAACAAGAAGCGCAAGCACUCUUACGGAUCACCUACCUCGCAUAUGCGGUUUCUCUGGAUGCUCUUCUGAAGAAAGCCGAGAUACUCGGAGACCAGGAGUGGUUCUGGUCCGACAUCGAAGAUGAACUCCUCCAGACGUCUCGUUACUUCCUACAGACACUUCCCGGUAGACUUUUUGCUCUGGCCGAAAAUGCGAGCAAGCUGGUGUACGACAAUGCGAGUCAGACACUAAGUACCGUUACAGCAGACCGACCAGCAGCAGGGCUCAGAUCGCUGCUCGACGGCAGGACGUUCGCUGAAGCAUGGUCCCUAGUCAGAACAAGCCCUACUUUCGCGGUUGCUUCAAUGUUCCCAUGCACCCGCCAGUCUGUGGAUAACGACCUGUCCAAACAGCCCAAGCUAAACUUUAGCUUGUUGCGACCCAGUGCGCUCUCUCCGGUACGACUCACGCGACAUGAAGCACGACACAAACGUAAGCGUCUUGUCAACGAGCGCGACAAGUUGGCGACAAAGAUUGGGGAGCUUUCAAUCAAAAUGCGGCAACAGCAGUCCUCUACCCUGGGCGAGGCCUUGAAAACCCCAGAAGAAGCUUUCAAACACGUCGUGGAGCUCACGGCCACGCUCGGCGCGGUUGUCUCUGGGUGUGAUUCCUACGCAAGCUCCAGCCAGAAUCCAAUCGAACAGCUUCAGGAUAUUCUUGCAUCGCGACUGGCACAACACGACCCUUCAGCCGUCUACAGUACCAUGUUAAAGCCCGCACCGUUCGGACUUGGCCCGCCAUCAACACUCGCACGUCUGUGGCUGUCAUUCGUCUUUGUCCCAACAGUCAGUCUGAUACUCCUCAAAGCGUUCACACGAAACAAAGAUGCCAUCCUCGGGUCUGUUCGCAAUGCCAAGGAAACGAUUCGCGGCUUUCUCGUCGGCUGGGUUUACGAGCCUGUUGUGCGUUUGCUUGAUACCAUUCGGCACGGUGAGGCCGCGGACGGCGUCAUCAUCAGCAAGGAAAGCCUUAACUCCGACUUGCAGAGUCUAGAGAGGAUGGUCACAGAUUUCAGCGCCGAAAAGUACUCUUUGAGCUUACAAGAGCUCGAGCAGGUUGCGGCAAAGGUCAAGGAGGGCGACCUGACCCAUGUCCUACGGAUAUAUGAGGCAGAGCUCAAGUCGCCGCUAAAGUCCGCCGUGACUGGCUCUCUGAUCAGAACGCUUCUGAUCCAGAUUCAGAAGGCCAAAGUCGACCUAGAAGUCGCCAUGUCGGGCAUCGACAGCCUUCUGAAGAGCCAACAGCUACUCUUUGGCGCUGUCGGCAUCGCUCCAGCGAUGGGCAUCCUCUACGUAACUGUUUCCUGGUUCAAGAACAGACUCAGUCAGGCCUCCAACCGUCAGGGCCGCGCGGCUGGUUAUGAUGUCAAGAUUCGCGCAUGGGAGGCACUGCGACGUGUCGACAAGCUGCUGGCUGCUCCUGCUGGUAAAGAAGGAGGCGAGCUGGACGCCAAGACGCAAGGACUGCUGCUGCUCGAUUUGGCGUUGCUGCGAUUGGUCGCCGAGCCGCUCGUGGCGAGCGUGGCGGUUAGCAGAAAAAGGGGGACACGCAAGAAGUUGCACCAGCAAUUCCUCCAAGACAUCCGCGAGCUGGAAGGUUUACAGGCGACGGCUGACGGCCCACAGUUUGUCGCUGAUGUAGGCCUGGCAUGGAACAGCAGGAGAGCGGUCAUGGAUUGCGUCUGGCGCAGCUGGGGGCCUUUGAUCGCAUUCCAGUGAGAUGCAGCACGAUGGAUUUGAUACAUGUAGCAUACACUUGGUAGCAAACGACGAUCGUCGCCACGGUCAUCGUUGCACAUUGCUCAU